AUGUCAGAGUCGGUGUUUGUUGGACUGUGUAACAUAGUGGGGACCACACAACAGGUGGCCACGAGGAGAGAUGUGAUGGACAUCACGGAGAUAUUGACAAAUCAAGUCUGGAAUAGUGAAUCAAACUCUGUAAUGAAUAGUGGAAGCCACAGAGAAGGAUUCAGACUGAAGGGAUCAGACAUAGACAGUAUGUACUGGGACACUUUUGAACGAGUCAUCUGGAACUUAUCUCAGACUCAGUAUUACAAUAGGCACAGAUACACAUUAAUUCUCUGUGACUGUUCCCAUAGUCCUCCAGGAUUCUCUUUACUUCAGUUUUUGAUUCCAGCAGGCAGCAUAAGAACAUCGUCAGGCAUUAUAGGAACAGUGCGUCUGGAUCUUGUUUCAUCACUUUUCAAAAGGAACGGUAACCUUUUUAUAUCUAGUUCUCUAUACAGACAAACCAUGUGUCAAACACUAAUGCCGAGCUUUAAACCACAUGGACCAUGCGCCAGUGGAUUUGUUGCUGGAUUAGAAUUUGAUGAUGCCCACUGUUUUGCCUCUGACUUUUGGCCUCCAACUGCUGCCUCUUGGAUAGACAGAUGUCACUCAUGGCCCCAGCCUCGAGUUGUGUGCGACAUAAUCAGAGGUGGAUGUCACUUUGUAGCAACUGGACACAAACUAAGCAAUCAUGAAAACCAUGAAUGGAGAAUUUCUUUCUCACGGGCAGAACAAAUACUUGUGUACUCAAUGAAUCACACUCAGUUCUUAACUUAUGGUUUGCUGAAGUUAAUUUUAAAGGAAGUCAUUAACAAUGGAUUAGGAAAAGAUUAUAAACUACUAUGUUCCUACCACAUGAAGACAGCCGUUUUCUGGGUGAUUCAAGGAAAUAGUGUACCUCAUUGGUGUCCACAAAACCUCCUAUUAUGUUUUUGGGAGUGCUUCAAACUGAUCGUUAAAUGGGUUUAUGAAGGGAUCUGCCCUAACUUUUUCAUUCCACAAAACAACAUGUUUUUGAGUAGUAUCCAUGGUGAUAAACAAAACCAAUUGUUUAAUAGGCUGCAUGCCUUGUAUGAGAAGGGUUUGAUAUCACUGCUACACAGUCCUUCUAUCUGGCCUUAUGUUUUAAAAGUCCUUAAUAAUCCAGGACUCUCCAUUUGUACAGAUGAAGGCUACUUGUUCUCCGAGUAUGAGUUUGAUUUAUCCCUAUUCAACUGUAUAAUUUGUAAAUCUGUACCAGAAAUAACAAACCUGUAUCACUGUAUGAAAUGCCUAAGAGCUGUAGAACAGUUGUUAAAUACACCCUUGACGCCAUAUCAUGUUGUCGCUUUACAGAAACACACAACCUUAAUCCUCCAUGAAAUUGCCUUUAUUUUAAACAACAUAUACAUCAAAAGUUAUCGAAACAAAAUGGUGUAUAUUGCUGAGAGAAUGUCCCAUCGCCUACUGAAAUUAACAACCAAGUUUGGUUGCACUUCGGAUAUGGUAUAUAUAGCCAUGUAUUACUACAAGACAAUGAGAUUUAAGGACGCAUUGUUUGUUUUAGAAAUGACAAAAGCCAUAAUAUCAUAUAGAAUGAAUAUGUUUAGUAAUACAGAUAUGUAUUCCGAGGCUAUGAGAGGGUGGUCCUUGACUUCAAAAAUGAGGUUCUUUACGAGACGGAUUAUCAAACUUAACAAUUAUAUCUGUUAUAUCAAUGAAUUAUUGCCUGAACAACUGUCUUGUUUACAGGAAAGCGAGGUUAAUUUGGCUAUCCCCGUAUUUGUACUCUUGUAUAUGCUAGAGAUCCUGUGCUACAGUCAUGUUGAUACAACAAAAGUAGAAACAGCGCUAUGUUAUCUUCAGCACCUAGUCCAGCAUCCUCAAGAGGUGUUCAUAAAGAAAGGAGUAGAAAGCAUAUCAUGGCAGAUCCUAGGGAUCUGUUACCAGGUCACAGGGAAUCCAAACGCAGCUCUACACGCGUAUCAACAGUCACUCUCACAAGUAUCAGUAAAUAAAAUAAAACAUGCAUCACUUAUGAGAAUACAGAGUAUCCUUCAGUGA